CUAAUUUAUUUACUAUUAGCGGUAAAUGUGGUUUUCAAUCCUCUGGAAGUUGCUGGUUUCGAUAACUGCUCCGAACCAUUAUCCAAAGUGAUAGUCGAAUGUCUGGAGGAAUCAGUUUUUCUAUGCGGCAUUGAAUUUGGAAGUACAAUGGUACAACAUGAAGAUAAAUGUAUGAAGUACGGAAAGUGCCUGGAUGCCUUGGUUUCGUGCAAGAUAAAGAAGUUGGCUCCGCUUGUCUAUUGCCGGCAUGCGCAGUACAUCCGGCAAUACCUCAUUAACCAAAAAAAUUUACCUUUUGGUGGCCGCUGGCGCAAUCCCUAUCUUUGAGCACUAAUGCCUAUGUUUAAAUGCUAUUUGUUCAACAUAAUAAAC